AUGUUCACCAUUCCACUGUUAGUCGCUGGUAUCACCGCUUCGAGUCCGGCGAUAUUUCUUUCGAAGGACAGGAACGUCCUGGACGUCCCAUCAACUCUUCAAGAUGAUGAUUUACGCAGCGCUUUGAUCUCAAAGCCGAACAUGGCUAGCAAAUCAACCGUCAGCGAUCGCCUUGCCUCUCUUGGCUUCCGCAAAAUUCUUUCGACAUGGGCAUCUGCUGAGGAACUGGCGUUAUUGGUGUUCUUCGUUUUGCUCGCCAUUGUGAUAUUCGCUGCUCUCGUUUACUAUGCGGAAAGAAGUCAGCCAAAUCCAGAAAACCAGUUUACCAGUAUACCAGCAGGAUUAUGGUGGAGCCUCAUUACGAUAUCCACCGUUGGUUUUGGUGACAUGGCUCAUGAGGUGAAGCCGUCGAUGUUAAAUGCGAAGAAUUCUAAUGCGAACAAGCAUCGGAAGAAAUCCUCUUCAUCAAAUGCGCUCAACAUGACGCCAAUGAACAACCUUGGACGAAACGGUGGACCUCCGUACGACGCGCAUCACAAGCUGCUCACCUAG